GCGGGGGCGCGGGGGUUCCAGCGCGCCGGCGGCGGGGCGCGGGGUCGGCCGGGCGCGUUCAGUCCCGCCGCGCGGCCUUUCUGCUCGGCUCGUUCCUGUGUCUUGCGCCGUCUUCAUGACACUUCUGCGGCUUACUUUGUGAGGUUUGGAGGUUUAAAAGGGACCUGGAAGUUGUCAUUCACGAGUGUCGCCCCUCCACACAGCUUUUGAGGCGUGGUGGUGAGGUCUGAUUGUCCGGCACGGCCAGUAAAUAUCCAGUUCUUAAAACAGCCCAGUUACCUAGCCGCCGCAAGGAGGGGCGGCUCCCUUUUGUCCUGAGCGAAAGGUACGCACCUGUGGGUCAGGAGGUAAGGCCCUGGAGGAAGGGUUUGAGAAAAGGAGGGAUGGAGAAUCAGGUGCUGAAAGAGGGGGAGACACUCGAGAACUGUAUGUUCCGAACUCACACAUAAUACAUGGGAAGUGUAAAUGAACUGAGUUGGAAAAGGGGCUGGGGGGGGGGGGGGGGGAGAAGAGGAAGGAGGAGACCUUGAGACAAACUGGACCGAGUUAGGACCGAGUUAGAGGAACUGAGACAUAGAAAGGAAAAAGAAAAAAUAACCUGAGAGUAAUUAUAUUAAUUCAGGACAUAUCAGAGGGGAGCUGGGAUGGAAGGUAGUUAGAUGGAGAUUAGAUCGGUUAGCCAGAAAUGGUUUAGGAAAGGUUCCCUAAAAUAGAAGAGUAAGGGUAAUGAAGCGGUUGGAAGGAAAGAGGGGAAAAUUCCCUUCCUCUUCCACGAACACCUUUCCGGAUCAUGCGUUCAUUCAGCAAGCAUUUACUGAGUAUCCACGGUGUGUGCCAGGCGCAAGGCUUCUGUUCUUUGGAACCCCACAGUCUAAUGGGAGAGAAAGACCUGUAAACGAAUAAUGGCAGCCUUGUGACAAGAGCUGCCAUGAACACUGUAAGAAGGCUCUGGACUAGAGGCACUUGGGUGGCUCAGUUGGUUAAGUAUCAGACUCUUCACCUGAGGUCAUGAUCCCACAGUUGGUGAGUUUGAGCCCCAAGUCAGGCUCUGCACUGAUAAUGUGGAGCCUGCUUGGGAUACUGUCUCUCCCUUUCUGCCCCUUCCCCAGUUGUUCUCUCUCUCUCUCUCUCUCUCUCUCUCUCUCUCUCAAAAUAAAUAAAUUUUAAAGAAAGAAAGAAAGCCCUGGAUUAGAUCUAGUUGGGGAAAGGAGACUUGGAAGUGUGUUUCUAAGUUUCCUAGAGGAGAUACUAUGUGAGGCAACACUUGGAAAGUGAAUUGGAAAAGCAUACCGGGCAGAGAAAGUAUUUGCAGAGGGCUGGAGACAAGGUAGAACAAAGCCUUUCAGCAUGAUUAGAGUCCUGGCUUUCAAGAGAGGGACUAUCAGAAGAGAGGCUAUUGAAAUUAGGUCCAAAUUUUGCAGGGCCUGGUAGGUCAUUUUAAGGAGCUUACAGGUAACCUUCCCUACAGAAGAUGGAGAGGUUUGAAGGACAUGUUGCAUUUGAAUCUUAGGAAGGUAACUCUGGCAGACUGUGGGAAAAGAAUUGGCCUGAGAGAGUAUAGAGCCCCUUAUAGAGGCUUCUGAAAUAACCUAGGUGAAAAAAUGCUGAAGGCUUGAAAUAAGUCAGUGGCAAUAAGAAACGGAGAUGAGGGGAAGAGUUUGAGAUGUUUGGGAACUUCUAGCACUGAACAUCACACAGCACUGCAGUCUCCUUGUUCUGUCUGCAUACGGGCACAGCCGAGCUUGGCUUUACAGCAGGACUUUUGUAUUCAACUUUGUAUCCGAAGUCACUCUUGCUGAAAGUUAGCAGUAUGAAUUUGCAAAUGAAAUACUAGGAGGAAUAUGGAGAAGACGAGAAGAAAGGAGUAUGCCUAGGAGAGUGCUGAGAGGAAGACAGUGAAAUGCAGGAAGUCCGUGAAUUGGAAUGACCGUUCCCCACCUCUUCUUUGGUCCCCAAUUCCUCGCCCUCCGGAGACUCCGGGAUCUGCAACCAGCGUCCGCUUUUCCCGCCAUUCACGGACGGCUCCGCCUCCCUAGAGCUCAUUGGCUAAGAGCUCAUCAACACCAGAUCACGCCCCCUUCGUGACUCCGGCUGUGUUUCCCUGCCUCUUCCUCCCUUACUUGGGGGCCCGCCCCCAUCUGCUAGGCCACGCCCAUGCCGGAGUCUUCCCUGGAGGCGGGCUUCCUUGGCCCCGCCCUCUCCUGGGGAGGCUCCCGCCAGGGGGCGCCGCGCAACCCGCCGCCUGCCUCCCGCCCGCGAGUCUGGCGCACACACCCCCUCCGCCCCGCGAGCCGGCAGCUCGGAGCCCGCCGGGCUGCGCCGGCUCCUGCUCCGGGAGGGGUCGGCGUCCCGGAUGGCCGCGGCAGGGUCUAGGACGCCAAGCGUGUAAGCCACCGGGCAUCAUGGAGGCAGAGCAGCGGCCGACUACGGGAGCUGGCGAACGGGCGACCCCUGGGCUGGAAGCGGCGCCUCUGGCUGCUCCGGCGCCUGUGACCGCGGCCUCAGGACCGCUGCCCGGGUCUGGGCCCGAGCCCAAGAGAAGGCAACUCGGGACGCUGCUCCAGCCCACGGUCAACAAGUUCUCCCUUCGCGUGUUCGGCAGCCACAAGGCAGUGGAAAUCGAGCAGGAGAGGGUCAAGUCAGCGGGGGCCUGGAUCAUCCACCCCUACAGCGACUUCCGGUUUUACUGGGACCUGAUCAUGCUCCUGCUGAUGGUGGGGAACCUCAUUGUGCUGCCUGUGGGCAUCACCUUCUUCAAGGAGGAGAACUCCCCACCUUGGAUCGUCUUCAAUGUCCUCUCUGACACUUUCUUCCUGUUGGAUCUGGUACUCAACUUCCGCACAGGCAUCGUGGUAGAGGAGGGUGCUGAAAUCCUGCUGGCCCCUCGCGCCAUCCGGUCUCACUACCUGCGCACCUGGUUCCUGGUCGACCUCAUCUCCUCCAUCCCCGUGGAUUACAUCUUCCUGGUGGUGGAGCUGGAGCCACGACUGGACGCCGAGGUCUACAAGACAGCGCGGGCCCUACGCAUUGUGCGCUUCACCAAGAUCCUCAGCCUCCUGCGGCUGCUCCGCCUCUCCCGCCUCAUCCGCUACAUACACCAGUGGGAGGAGAUCUUUCACAUGACCUAUGACCUGGCGAGCGCGGUGGUUCGCAUCUUCAACCUCAUCGGGAUGAUGCUGCUGCUGUGUCACUGGGACGGCUGCCUGCAGUUCCUGGUCCCCAUGCUGCAGGACUUCCCCCCUGACUGCUGGGUCUCCAUCAACCACAUGGCGAACCACUCGUGGGGACGCCAGUACUCCCACGCCCUGUUCAAGGCCAUGAGCCACAUGCUGUGCAUUGGCUACGGGCAGCAGGCACCUGUCGGCAUGCCCGACGUCUGGCUCACCAUGCUCAGCAUGAUCGUGGGCGCCACGUGCUACGCCAUGUUCAUUGGCCAUGCCACCGCCCUCAUCCAGUCCCUGGACUCUUCCCGACGUCAGUACCAGGAGAAGUACAAGCAGGUGGAGCAGUACAUGGCCUUCCACAAGCUGCCCGCCGACACCCGGCAGCGCAUCCACGAGUACUACGAGCACCGCUACCAGGGCAAGAUGUUCGACGAAGAGAGCAUCCUGGGCGAGCUGAGCGAGCCGCUUCGGGAGGAGAUCAUUAACUUCACCUGCCGCGGCCUGGUGGCCCACAUGCCACUGUUCGCCCACGCCGACCCCAGCUUCGUCACAGCGGUGCUCACCAAGCUGCACUUUGAGGUCUUCCAGCCAGGGGACCUCGUGGUGCGCGAGGGCUCCGUGGGCAGGAAGAUGUACUUCAUACAGCACGGGCUGCUCAGCGUGCUGGCGCGCGGUGCCCGGGACACCCGCCUCACCGAUGGAUCCUACUUUGGGGAGAUCUGUCUGCUGACGCGGGGCCGGCGCACGGCCAGCGUGCGCGCUGACACCUACUGCCGCCUGUACUCGCUCAGCGUGGACCACUUCAACGCCGUGCUGGAAGAGUUCCCCAUGAUGCGCCGGGCCUUCGAGACGGUAGCCAUGGACCGGCUGCGCCGCAUCGGCAAGAAGAAUUCUGUCCUGCAGCGGAAACGCUCCGAACCAAGUCCGGGCAGCAGCGGGGGCACCAUGGAGCAGCACUUGGUGCAGCACGACAGGGACAUGGCCCGGGGCGUUCGGGGCCUAGCCCCAGGCACAGGAGCUCGGCUCAGCGGAAAGCCAGUGCUGUGGGAGCCCCUGGUGCACGCGCCUCUGCAGGCGGCCGCCGUGACCUCCAGUGUGGCCAUCGCCCUGACUCACCAGCGGGGCCCUCUGCCCCUCUCCCCUGACUCUCCAGCUACCCUCCUCGCUCGCUCUGCCCGACGCUCAGCAGGCUCCCCGGCCUCCCCACUAGUGCCCGUCCGAGCUGGCCCUCUGCUGGCCCGGGGCCCGUGGGCAUCCACCUCCCGCCUGCCUGCCCCACCUGCCCGAACCCUUCAUGCCAGCCUGUCCCGGGCUGGGCGCUCCCAGGUGUCGUUGCUGGGUCCCCCCCCGGGAGGAGGUGGACGGCGACUAGGACUUCGGGGCCGUCCCCUCUCCGCCUCCCAACCCUCUCUGCCUCAGCGGGCAGCUGGUGAUGGCUCUCCUGGGCGUAAGGGCUCAGGAAGUGAACGCCUGUCCUCCUCAGGACUCCUGGCCAAGCUGCCAGGGACAGCUCAGUCGCCCAGGCCAUCAGCGCCUGAGCCAGCUGCCCCCCGGGGCCCCCAGCUCUCUGCCAACAUGUGAAACCCUUGGGUAAGCUCUUGGGUGCGCCAGUGUGUGCCCGAGGGCAGAUGCCUCUUGGGGAGGGCCAAGGAGACCCGAAACACGGCCCUGUGGGAAUAUCUCCCCAGGAGAUGGCCUCUGUCCUCAGCUCAGGCACCCUGCAGCCUGUCUGACAUCCUCCUAAUCCACUCACCCGUUCAUCAAACGUACUGAGCGCCUACCACAUUCAAGACACUGUGCCAGGCGCUACAUGUCUUCACUGCCAAGUAGAAGUGACUCUAAGGCCUCCGAGCAGGGUGUUCCCCUGGGAUAGUCCUGCCAGGCGCAGGCUCAGCCCCAGGCCCCCGCCUCACGAAGCACAAGUCCUUGUCCCUCCCCCCAUCACUGCCAAGCAACUAGAUGUCUCUGUUUCCCUGCCCUUGACCCCACAGGAACCACCUGCUGUGGGUUGACUUCUGUCUCCCUGGCACAGCCGGGCACUGCCAGUCACCUGUGCCUCCGCUGCUGUCAACAGAUAUCUUGGCUCCCCAGCGUGGGCACCCACCAUCACUGCCGCGUGUGGCCCCUCCCCCUCCAUGCCUCCUGCCCCCCCCCCACUACUGUGGGAACACCUGUCUCCUGUCAAGUUUGCUGCACCUUCUGUCCCUGUGGUACAACUGUCUUUGUAAACUGGGAGCAGCCUCUUCCCUGCCCCAGUGGUGUCCCCCUUGAGGCCAAGGGACGGUUGGCACGUCCCUAUUUAAUGUGCCAGCCUGGAUCCCCCAGGUGGGGGGCAAGCGGCUGAAUCCUUAGGUGGCCAUUUUUUUCUUUCCUUCCUCCCUUCCUUGUUUAUUCUUAUUUAUUCAAUCAUGUAAUAAUUGUAUUUAUUCA